GCUCCACUGAGCGGCUGGAGGACGGUUGCCUGGUGUUAUUAGCAAGCGGCAAGUAUGGCUGUAGCACGCGCUGAUGCGACUUUGCCUCCCGGAGAAGGAUCAGUGGUCAAUUGGUCAGGGCAGGGACUACAGAAGUUAGGUUCAAAUUUACCCUGUGAAGCUGAUAUUCACACUUUGAUUCUGGAUAAAAAUCAGAUUAUUAAAUUGGAAAAUCUAGAGAAAUGCAAACGAUUAAUACAGUUGUCAGUGGCUAAUAAUCGGCUUGUUCGGAUGAUGGGUGUGGCCAAACUGACUCAAUUGCGAGUAUUAAAUUUGCCUCAUAAUAGUAUUGGCUAUGUGGAAGGGCUAAAGGAACUAGUACAUUUGGAAUGGCUGAAUUUGGCAGGAAAUAAUCUCAAGGCCAUGGAACAAAUCAAUAGCUGCACAGCUCUACAGCACCUUGAUUUAUCAGACAAUAAUAUACCCCAGAUAGGUGAUUUAUCCAAAUUAAUAUCCUUGAAGACCCUGCUUUUACAUGGAAACAUCAUCACCUCACUUAGAAUGGCACCUGCUUAUCUACCCAGAAGUCUUGCUAUACUGUCUUUGGCAGAAAAUGAAAUCCGGGACUUAAAUGAGAUCUCUUUUUUGGCAUCUUUAACUGAACUGGAGCAGUUGUCGAUCAUGAACAAUCCUUGUGUGAUGGCAACACCGUCCAUUCCCGGGUUUGACUAUCGGCCAUAUAUUGUCAGCUGGUGCUUAAAUCUGAGAGUCCUAGAUGGAUACGUGAUUUCUCAGAAGGAAAGUUUAAAAGCUGAGUGGCUAUAUAGUCAAGGCAAGGGGAGAGCAUAUCGGCCUGGCCAGCAUAUCCAGCUUGUUCAGUAUCUAGCUACAGUCUGCCCUCUCACUUCUACACUGGGUCUUCAAACUGCAGAGGAUGCCAAACUAGAGAAGAUUCUGAGUAAGCAGAGGUUUCACCAGAGACAGUUGAUGAACCAAAGCCAAAAUGAAGAGAUGUCUCCUCUUGCUCCUAUUGAAACAAGGGUACCCCUUGUACCUGAGCAUUCAAGCCCUGUUCAAGAUUGCCAGAUAGUCCAGGAAAGUGAACCUGUCAUCCAAGUGAAUUCUUGGGUUGGGAUAAGCAGUAAUGAUGAUCAAUUAUAUGCUGUUAAGAAUAGCUUUCCAGCCUCUACACACACUACAAGAUAUUCUCGAAAUGACCUUCACCUGGAAGACAUACAGACAGAUGAAGACAAGUUAAACUGUAGUCUUCUCUCUUCAGAGUCUACUUUUAUGCCAGUUGCAUCAGGACUAUCUCCAGUAUCACCUACAGUUGAGCUGAGGCUGCAGGGCAUUAACCUGGGUCUUGAAGAUGAUGGUGUUGCAAAUGAAUCUGUGAAGGAGCUGGAAAAUCAAGAUUUGGAUAAGGAAGAGGAAAAGGCUUUAUGGGUUUCAAAUGAGGAUUCUGUUCAGAUGCUGAAAAGUAAGAUCAGUUCAGAGAUAAAUGAAAAAGCUGUGUUGUUACCUUGUCCUGCGCCAGCAAUAAUCAGUGCUAUCUUGAAGGAUGAUAACCAAAAUCUUACGUGUGUGUCAUCUGGACAAAAUGUUUCCCAUACAGAGACAGAUAGUGAGGAAACUAUGUCUCAAACAACUUCAGAGAAAUUUCCCUGCAGGAUUUUAACCCAAAGAUCUGUUGCUUUGGGACAAGAUAAAUGUACACUUCAGAAAUUGAAUGAAGCAGCCACAAAGCUUCAAGCCUAUUGGCGGGGCUUUUAUGCCAGGAACUACAAUCCUCAAGCAAAAGAGGUGCGUUAUGAAAUCCGACUGCGCAGAAUGCAGGAGCAUAUUGUCUGCUUGACUGAUGAAGUAAGGAGAUUAAGAAAAGAAAGAGAUGAAGAACAUGUUAAAAAAAUCGUGCAAGAAGAGGCUGUCAAAUUCCUUUGGAACCAGGUAAGGUCUCUACAAGCUUGGCAAAAGACAGUGGAUCAGCAUUUAAUUUCCUGGCAUACUGAUGUUCCUCCUAUAUCAAGCAUUCUGGUACCAUCUAAACCUCCAUUAUUCACCCAAAGUCAUGAGCCUUCUUCUGAUUCAAAUUCUGAUUGGUUCAUUGCACAUGAUGAAGUUCGUCAAGAGAAAUCUUUACCAGAAUUUCCAGACUCUGGUUUUCAUUCCUCCCUAACAGAACAAGUUCACCAUUUGCAGGAUUCUUUGGAUUUUGAGAAAAGUUCCACAGAAGGCAGUGAAAGCUCCACAAUGGGGAAUUCCACUGAUACAGUCAAAUAUGGCAAAGAGCCAGAUGUAGGGGAUGUUAGUGAAGAUUGUGGUGACUGGAGUAAGGAAAGCUCAAAUGAUGAGCAGGAUAAUAAUCUGCUUGAACAAUAUUUAACUUCAGUUCAACAGCUAGAAGAUGCUGCUGAGAGGACAAAUUUUGAUGAAGGGACAGGAGAUAGUAAGCUCCACAUAGCUUGUUCUUUGGAAAAGUUAGAUGCUUUGUCUGACAGUGCUUCCAUAGGUGAGACUUAUGGUGUAUCUCCUACUUUGCAAAAUGAAGUCAGCCAGACGCCAGAGAAUUAUAAAUUAAAUGCAGAAGUCCAAGAACAGCAGCCAGAAUGUGAUUCCACAUUUCAGGUAUUGCAUGUUGACGUUAUUGUGUAGCAUGUCUGGCUUCUAGGGAAGCAGAAAUCCAACAUUUUCUUAAUGUUCUCAGUUACCUUUUUUUUUUUUUUUUUCCUUUUUUUGAAGGAGAGCAACCUCUAUCCAUUUUGUUACUAUUUAUAUAAAAUUUGUAUUCUUGACUCACUUUUCAGAUUCUAGGUACUAAGCUGAGUCUUAAUUUGAUUUGCUAGCUUUAUAUAUCUAUAA